AUGACUCUUUAUUACACUCUUGUGUUUUUCCUUCUCCUUGUGGAGAUGGGCAUUUUCAUGCUCCUAAUCCUCCCAUUGCCAUUCACAUGGCGUAAGAUGAUCUUUACCUUCAUAUCGGAAAAUGCGUUCGUGGCGAAGUUACAAUAUGGCAUGAAGAUAACGUUCGUGUUUAUAUUAAUCUUGUUCAUCGAUUCCGUAAACCGUGUAUAUAGCGUCACCAACGAGCUCUCCCGAAACACCGACCGUAAUGGUGGCCAGCAGACCGUAUUGGGUCACGAAAGGAUGGAGGUUCAGGCGAGGAAGUUUUACUCGCAGCGCAACAUGUACCUUUGCGGCUUCACCCUCUUCCUCUCGCUCAUUCUUAACCGCACGUACGUCUUGAUCUUGGACGUUCUGAAGCUUGAGCAGACUGUCAAGGAGCUUCGCGCUGAAAGCAACGAGCGUGUCCGUUCCGGUGCCGAGAGCGAGUUGGAAAAGAAAUACGAGGCCAAGGAGAGGGAAUUGGAAAUCGUCAAGAAGCAGGCUGAGGGUUUGACCAGAGAGUAUGGCGAGCUUAGCGACCGCUACACUGCCAUGGAGAAGAAGCAAUCCCCAGACUUCGUUCCAAGAAAAGAUUUGUAA